AUGGCCAUGGAGAACACUGGGGAACCUCCAUGCCUUGUGUGUAAGAAUCUAAGAAUUGUCCUGCUGGGGAAGAACAGAUCAGAGAUCAGCAGGGUGGGGAACUUCAUCCUGGGCGAAAAUGCCUUUGAUACUAAAGCUCCACCUCCAUCAGUAGAGCAGCACAGUGAGAAAGCUGAAGGAACGGUGGAGGGAAGAAACAUCACCCUCAUUAACACGCCUUACCUGUUCCAUCCUCAGCUCUCUGAAGAAGAGCUGAAUCAGAGAUUGAGAGAGUGUGCAGCUCUGUGUUCUCCUGGACCUCAUGUUCUAGUGCUGAUUCUACAUCCAGUAUCUGAGUUGAGGAUUGUUCUGCUGGGGAAGAGCAGCUCAAAGAUCAGCACAGUGGGGAACUUCAUCCUGGGCGAAGAUGUAUUUGAUACCAAAGCUCCGCCUCCUUCAGUAGAGCAGCACAGUAAGAGAGCUGCAGGAAUGGUGGAGGGAAGAAACAUCACCCUCAUCAACACGCCUCACCUGUUCGAUCCUCAGCUCUCCCUGACUACACUGAAUCAGAGAGUGAGAGAGUGCAUUACUCUGUGUUCUCCUGGACCUCAUGUUCUACUGCUGAUUCUACAUCCAGACAACUUCCCUGAGGCAGACAGACACAGACUGGAUCACAUCCUCCGCUCCCUGUCUAAAGACCCGAAAAAACACAUGCUAGUAGUAACAACACAAAGGCGGCAGGCAGUCUUCAGUGAAUAUAUAGUUGAUGAGAACAUCAAACAGAUCAUCACUGCAUGCAACAAAAGGCAUUUCAAGUUUAGCAGCGAGUGUAGCCGUUCUGAUCUACUGAAAAUGAUUGAGAUGAUGGUUGAAGAGAACAGGGAAGGGCAGAGUAAACAGGAAGUUCCACCAACAAGAGAACUGCAACAUCUCAAACAAAAACCCCAAAGAGUGUAUGAACAGCCUGUGAGAGAGAAGAAAACUUCUUCACCUGCAACUGAACUUAAAAGCAUUGAGAAAUGUAAGUAG